AUGGGUCGCCGGCGACAAGAAGGCGCGAGAAAAGCCAUCAAGGCCGCCGUCAAGUACGCCAGCGAAUGCGAGCCGCUCGUGCGCACGAUCCAGGGCGGCCUCGAAACCUGCGACAUGAAGCGCGCGAUCGGCGACAUCACCAAGACGGUCGACGACGUCGAAGACCUCGUCUCCAAGAUUUCCGACGUGGCCGCCAAGGCCAUCCAGUUCGUGCCCUCGAUGCAAAUCGUCGGCAAGUCCUUUGCCGACUCGGCCAAGAUCUUCGCCUCCUUUAGCUCCAUCGCGUCCGCGGCCGGCAUCGGCGUCAACAUCGUGCUCGCCUACCAGGGCCUCAGCGCCGUGCGCCUCAUCGACGCGCGAUUUCCCCAGUACGUCUACGACAUGAUUAGCGAGCGCGUCACGCAGACCUCGCUCGACCCCAACCAGGACCACUGGUUCUUCGUCUACCACCCGGACAACGACUGGUACCCCGGCUUCUACCGCAUCAUGCACGACAAGCCCAUCGGCCCCGCGUUUUGCGGCUACACCAACCAGAUCGACACCGCCUUCGUCUUCAUGCUCGCCGCGCGCCGGCGCAUCGAGAAGAAGGAGCGCCGUGCCCAAAAGGAAGGCCGUCCCAUCCGCCCCACCAAACUUCACCUCCUCAUCCCGGCCUAUCAACCCAUUCUCAUCCUCGAGGCCCUCCAGAUCCCCGAGGAGAUUGGCGACUUUGUCAUGGAGGGACGCAUCAACAGCAACCGGGAGUUCGUCUGGCUCAGCUUGCCCGAGCAGCAGCGCCGCUACGUGCAGGAUAUCGGCCACUUCGCGCCGCCCACGCAGGGUUUUCGAGUGGGCCAUGUCGGAACUCGGGCUCGCGGAUGCACCGCCUAA